CAGGGUCCAGUCGCACGUACCCACAGGAGAUUGUGUCUGUCGUAUGAAAUUUACGUUGUGGAAUAAGUUCCUUUUGACUUGAAGACUUGACAGAUUUGUGUAGUCAAAAUGAGCCGAAACCUGAAAAAUGUCCUGGUUGUGUCUUUUGGAUUUUUAUCACUGUUUACCGCCUAUUUGGGACUCCAGAGUUUACAGAGCAGCCUAAAUUUGGCAGAAGGGAUGGGUGUGGCCUCUCUGAGUGUCAUCUACGCGUCCAUCAUCCUGUCCUCGAUGUUCCUGCCGCCCAUUAUAAUUAAAAACCUUGGCUGCAAAUGGACCAUUGUGGUCUCCAUGGCCUGCUAUCUAGCCUAUUCUUUUGGGAACCUCUACCCAGGAUGGGGUACCCUGAUCCCGACCUCCUUCAUCCUGGGGCUAGGGGGCUCCCCUCUGUGGUCCGCAAAGUGCACUUACCUCACCAUAAGUGGGAACCAGCAUGCGGAAAAGGACAACUCCAAGGGCCAGGAUGUGAUCAACCUAUACUUUGGAAUCUUCUUCCUGAUAUUCCAGUCCUCUGCAGUGUGUGGGAACCUCAUGUCCUCACUAAUAUUCGGCCAAGAUACAAACAUCGCCGAUAUUCCAGAGGAGAACCUGGUAUACUGUGGGGCUGGUAUCUGCACCCAGAAUAUUAGUGGAGGGGAAGCACCCAGGCCAGAGCAAAAGCUGGUUCACAUACUAGUCGGCUGCUAUAUAGGCGUGGGGAUUCUGGCCAUGAUUCUGGUGGCUGUGUUCCUGGAUAACAUCGACAGGGACUCGGCUCGCGAGUUCAGGGGGAACAGGGAGCCCUUCUGCAGCACCUUCCUGGCCACCUUCAAACACCUCCGAGACCGGAGGCAGCUUCUCCUCAUCCCCCUCACCAUGUACAGCGGGCUUGAGCAGGGCUUCCUCUCAGGGGACUACACCAAGUACUACGUGACCUGUGCCCUGGGCAUACACAUCGUGGGAUACGCGAUGAUAUGCUUUGGCGCCACCAAUUCCAUCUGCUCCUUAGUUUUCGGGAGGCUGGCCAAAUACACGGGGAGAGUGGUUCUGUUUGCCUUUGGCACUACGAGACAAACUCUCGGCCAGGGGUCUCCAAUCUUAUCCACAAAGUGCGACUGGUGCAAUGGUUUUAUUUCUGCAACAGCAAACCCAGGACAUCAUAACCAACCAGGGAGAAACUGUGUGGAGCUCUGCCCCAGUGAAAGCCAUGUGCCUCAACCCCCCUGCGCUUCCUGGGGAGGCGUGGCUCCAAAUUACAGAUGGGUGACCCAUUUUUAGGGUUAACAUCAAAGGCCAGAUUUUGGAUUUAAGGACAGCAAACUAAGCAAUCUGGGAGAAUGCAAUCAGCCUCCCUUGCACUCCGUGCACGUAAUUUCUACGUACAGGGUGUCUGUAGCCAGACUCCCGUAUGUAGCUUUUAUAACCAGGUAUGACUUUUAAGACUCCGUAAUUUGGUUUCCAUUGUAAUGUUUUUUUAUUUGAAACUAGUAUGUAAUUACGUGUAUGUAACCUGCCUGGUAAAAUAAAUUGUUAAAACGUGAUCUGUGUGGUUUCGCUUACUGACACUCAAAGUUAUACAGGGAAUGCUUGGUUUACCCCCUCGAACUGGUCUAGGGAGGAUGAAUAUUUCCACUUAAUGUAUCAUGGCGUAUAGUACCCGUAGACCUAUGUUGGUAAAUCCCUCGCCUCCGCAUGGUAGUUCAUUCAUAUCGAGCACAGCCGUAGCUAGGAUGGUCUGCUUGGGUCCCUAGGCUGUAAACAGAUAUACCGAAGAGUAGCUAUUCCUGCGACCUCUGAUGACUACAGAUAGCUAGUCAGUUUGUGAGACGUGCACAUUACGCGCGAUGUGACAUGCGGUGGUACCAGCAGAGGACUGUUCGGAGAGUAAAUCUCAGAACAGGAUUCCUAUAGCGAUCAAGUCAAAAUUAUAAAUACGACAUCCACUAAAUGUGGACAACUAAUCUAAAUUAUUAUUCUAAAAUGGAGUCAGAUAAACGAAGGUGAAUAUAUUGGCCCUAUUGUGGAGAUUCUGGGUCAGCCCAGGCCAGUAAAGAGCGGAAGGCAGAGUGGUACUACUGCCUUUGUAUCGUGGUUUGUUUAUUGGCUGAUCUAGACUGUCUGCAUAGGGGCCACUAAUUUUUAACCCUAUUAGUAUUCUUUCAGCAACACCAGAAGGACGAGCACGCUGAUACCUUCAGCCCUCGCUAAAUUCCGUCGUUGGGUUAGCGUGGGGUAUUACAGUGAUUAGUAGAAUCAGUUGUGGUACUGCUCAGUUGGAACUAAAGGCUUAACCCAAACCGACCCUUUCUAGAUAAGAUUGAGGACCCCUGCUCUAGGCAAUUCCUGGUGUAAUAUGCACACAUAACCAAAACCAGACAUGCAAUUACAUUAAAUUAACAACAUUCCUUCCUUUAUUUCCCAUUCAACUACCUUUCAUCAUGGAUGUUUCCCCCUCUAAGACUGUGCCUACCACUCAUCAUAUCUCUUUGAUAUUGACAUGGCUGUGUAAUGUUUUUUUUUUGGAAUAGCUACGUUCACAGGUCAUGUAGUCAAAAUGGAGCUUUCAAAAUGGAUGUGUGUUCCUC